AUGACGACCUCCCGCAAUGAACCCGAGCUGGUGCAUGGGAAUGUCGAGUGUGUCGAGGAUGUCGAGAAUGUCGAGUAUGGCUGCGGGGCGAGCGAGUCGGAGCUGUCAUCUCCGCCCCGCUCGCCGGGCCACGAUCUCACCAAACGCCUGCCACGCCCCGUGCUGGCGCACAUCUUCGCCGCCGUCUGUCCCCAUGCGACCGACUACUCGUACGUCACCUCGGAGGAGUCCAUGAGCGAUGGCUGCAUGCUAUGUGACAUGCGCGACUUGGCCCACUGCGCCCUGGUGUGCAAGCGCUGGUUCCUAGAGGCACGCGCGCUGCUGUACGCCAAUAUCCGGAUCGACCCGGUCCACUACUGCGAACUCGAAUUCGAAUUGGCCGCCAAGCGCAAACGCCGCUCCUUCUUUGACCGCAAUGGCGACCCCAUCGAUGCUCCGCAGGUCCGACUCGAGCUUCUGAUGCGGUCAGUCCGGGAGUCGCAAGGCCUGGCGAACAUGGUCUUGUCGCUGCGGAUGCCCUAUAUGACCCGGGAGGCGAACAAGGCCAACAUCGCUCGCACGAUCUCCGUGCUGCCCCAUCUUCGCUAUGUGGAUCUGCCCUCCGGAUUAUUCGCCGACGAGUCGUCAUGUCUCGCCUUGAAACAGGAACUCAUGGUGCGGUGUCCAGAUCUUCGGCGAAUGAGCUACCAUCACGGCGCUGAAGGCAGCUUUGCGCGCCUCCCGGGGGGGGGGACGCUGCGCAAUGGUCUGGCCGCUUUCCCGCGGCUGCGCGACUUAACGCUCAGUGAAAUCCCCUGGCUGGAUGAUACGGUCUUUGCCGUGGACUCCCCACUACCGCCGUUCCCCGCUGUGGCACAGCUCACUAUUCAAGGUACCCCCAAUGUGACGGCAAGCGGGCUUGCCGCGCUUUUAACUUCACCUUCGGUCCGCUCCACUCUCCGUUCUUUAACUCUCACUUCGACCGGGGUUCACCCGUCCACCCUUCACACUAUCCUGGCCGUAGCUCCCCGGCUGCGGAGCCUCUCCAUUGUCCAAGAGGUCUCACGCUCAUUCCCGGCGGAAGCGGUUCCACCGUUAGCAUCGAGCUCAUUGCGUCUUCUUCACUAUGAAAUCACCUCGGGGACAGAAAUGCCCGGGCUGCCACCCGCCGCUAAAUCAUACUACAUCUACCUGAUCUCAUCCCUCAUGUCGCGAGCCUUACCCGCGCUUCGUGACCUCUACGUCCGAGACGCGCAGUUCCCCGAUACCCUCAAGGGCUUAGACGAGCUGGAAUGGAACUUCACGCCGUACGAACCCGAGGCCGCCCGGGGAGGGUCCAAUGGCACCAAGACGCGGCCGGUCAGCUUCCAAGAAGCGCAGCUCGGCCGGUCUUGGGGCGGCGAUGCCCGGAAAAGCGUGCUGGUGGGCAACGGCUUUGGUGGAUUCCUCGCCGUCCCAGAAGAUGAAGGUGGCAGACCCAAGAGCAGCAGUGGAUAUAAACGGGCGAGCCGGCAAGACCUCUGGCGCUGA